UUCCCACACACACACACACACACAGAGUCCAACACCCCCAUUCAAAUGUCUUUGCAAUUGACUGAUUUUGUCAAGCGCCCCGGUGUUUGCUCCGUCGGUAAACCCACUCGCGUCCGCUCCAACUUCUUUGAAGUUACCUCAUUCCCCACUGGAAACAUUCAUCAUUAUGAUGUGACCAUUGAUCCACCAAGCGCUCCCCCAGCAUUGUACCGCAAGGUCUGGAAGGCCUUUGAAGAUCAAGACGGCCAGGGUGUCCUCAAGGGCAUCAAGGCUGUGUUUGACGGCCGUAAGAACGCCUUUUCUCCCAAGGCUUUGCCUCUUGGUGAGGAAGCCGCCAAGGCUUUCGAGGUCCAGUUGAACGAUGCUGAGGCCCAGUCCAAGCGUGCUGGUGGUGGUGAGUUCACCAUUCGUAUCAAGAAGGCUGGUGAGAUCAACAUGGAAGAACUCAACCGCUUCUUGAACGGACAAACCCGCGCCUCUAACAACUGUUUGACGGCCGUCAUGUUUUUGGAUAUCCUUAUCCGUCAUGUGCCCAGCACCAUGCACGCCACCGUUGGCCGCUCGUUCUUCACCCCCGCUGAGAGGCGCCCUCUUCCCGGUGGUGCCGAAGUCUGGCAAGGUUACUACCAGUCGGCCCGUCCUGGUGUCGGCAAGAUGUACAUCAACUUGGACGUCAGUGCCACUGCUUUCCACGAAGCCGGCCGUCUUCCCGACCUUGUUGUCAAGUACCUUGGCCGCCGUUCCAUCGAUGAGUUGCGUCGUGGUAUCUCUGACCGCGAUGUCAAGAAGCUCGAGAAGCAGCUCAAGGGCCUCAAGAUCCUUGUCACUCACCGUGGCGAAAACAAACGCCGUUACAAGGUCACCAAGCUCACCCCCAGCCCUGCUGACCGCACCAACUUCAAGGACCAGGAUGGCAACGAAAUGACUGUCGCCCAGUACUUUGCCAAGCAGUACAACAUGCGUCUGUCCUUCCCCUUCCUGCCCUGCGUUGUUGUCAAGCGCGACAUCUUCUUGCCCAUGGAAGUCUGUGAGCUUGCCCAAGGCCAGCGUCUGACCAAGAAGCUUAACGAGAAGCAGACCGCCGACAUGAUCAAGUUCACCUGCCAGAAGCCCCAAGUCCGUGCUAACAAGAUCAAGCAGGGUCUUGACUUGCUGCAGUACCGCAACAACCCGUAUCUCCAGCAGUGCGGCAUGACUGUCAAGCCCGAGAUGGCCGUCAUCAACGCCCGUGUCCUCCCGACACCUCAGAUCUCGUACGCUCAGGCUGGUCCCGACAGCACCUUUGCUCCCCAGGGUGGCGCAUGGAACUUGCGUGGCAAGAAGCUCGCCCAGGGUGCCGUCCUCGGCUCCUGGUCCGUCGUCAACUUUGCUGCCCAGGUGCCUCCUCCUGCCAUCCAGCGCUUCGUCCGCGAGUUGUGUCAGACCUUCAUUGACACCGGUUUGAACGUCAUCAACCGUCAGCCCCCAAUCACCAACGCUGAUCCCCAGGGCAACAUUGACCGUACCCUCAAGGAAGCGUGGUUGAAUGCUGGUAACGCUGCCAAGGCCAACCCGCAGCUGAUCUUCUGUAUCCUGCCCAACACGGGUGUGCCGCUCUAUGCCGAGAUCAAGCGUAUCUCUGACACGGUCAUUGGCAUCCCUACUCAGUGUGUCCAGUCCAAGCACAUUGCCGACGCCAAGAAGCAGUACUGCGCCAACGUCUGCUUGAAGGUCAACAUGAAGUUGGGUGGCAUGAACUUGUUCUUGUCGCCUCCUCAGAUCCCCUUCAUCUCGGCCCGUCCCACCAUUAUCUUGGGUGCCGACGUCACUCAUCCUUCGCCUGGCGACAUGAACCGUCCUUCCGUCGCUGCUGUCACAGCCUCGAUGGAUGCUCGUGCCUCGCGUUACGCCAGUGCCAUCCGUGUACAGGCCAACCGUACCGAAAUCAUUGCUGACUUGGGCAGCAUGGUCAAGGAACUCCUCAAGAGCUUCUACCAGUCCUGUGGCCAGAAGCCCGAACGUAUUCUCUUCUACCGUGACGGUGUCUCCGAGGGCCAGUUCAACGAAGUUGUGGCCAAGGAAGUCAAGGAUAUCAAGAACGCCUGUACUUCGCUUGACAAGUCGUACAACCCCACACUCACCUUUGUCGUUGUGCAGAAGCGUCACCACGCCCGCUUCUUCCCCAUGGAACCCCGUGAUGCCGAUCGCAGUGGUAACUGCCAGCCUGGUACCGUUGUUGACUCUUCUAUUGUCCAUCCCUUCGAGUUUGACUUUUACUUGCAAUCGCACGCCGGUCUGCAGGGCACCUCGCGGCCCACGCACUACCACGUCCUCCACGAUGACAACAACUUCUCCGCAGACACGCUUCAGGAACUCACCUACCGACUAUGCUACAUCUAUGGCCGUGCCACGCGUGCUGUCUCAAUUGUGCCUGCUGCUUACUAUGCCGAUUUGGUCGCUGCUCGUGCUCGCUUCCAUCGUCGUGGCGAGAACUGGUCCGACACUGAUGCCACUUCGGAGUCGAUGAACCCUGAUGAGCAGAUGGCCUCGUUCGCUAUGGUCAAGCCUGAACUCCAGAAGGUCAUGUACUACAUGUAAAAAGUGCUCAUCCGUAUUCUCACUGCCUGUCUGUCUCGUCGACUCAAAAAAAACCACUGGCGUCUGCAUAACACAUAACACAUACAUUUGCACCGUACUUUCUUUUUCUCAAAUGUUUUAUUUCCUUUUAAAAAUAAAUAAAAAUAUCAAGAUGUUUUUACCCCUUUGCUGCAAUGAA